UCUGUCACAACAGUGCUGCCUCUCAAAUCCAGAUGGCAGCACCGUCAACCGGUUUCUUGUGGUUUCAUCAUUCUUGAAAAACUGAACAUAAAACACUGUUAUGACUGAUGCUGUUAAAUCAAAAAGGGGUCAGCCCAGCUGGAGCCCCCCUGCCCGUGCGGAGCCUGCCAAAUUGAUGGUCUACAAUAGCAUGACGAGAAAGAAAGAGGAAUUCAUCCCGCAGAAUGGAAAACGGGUCCUCUGGUACAGCUGCGGUCCGACUGUUUAUGAUGCAUCACACAUGGGACAUGCGAGAUCGUAUGUGUCAUUUGACAUCCUGCGGCGAGUGAUGCGGGAUUAUUUCAAUUAUGACAUCCUUUACGCCAUGAACAUCACUGAUAUCGACGAUAAGAUCAUCAAGCGAGCGAGACAGAACUACCUCGUGGAGAAUUACAUGAAAGAGGAGAAGUCAACACCACAAGUCCUCGAAGACACCAAGAAAGCUAUCGAGCCAUGCAAAGCCAAGUACGAAAAAGAAACCGACCCAGAUAAGAAGGCGAUGCUGGGACGAAUGGUGGAGAAGGUCGAUAAGGCUUUGACAGUGUUGGAGGCGGAGAAAGACAAAACACUGGGGAAGGAGGCGUUGGCUACGUCAAGAAAGGCGUUAUUGGACAGCGCUCGAGACAUCCUGGCAGAUUGGCUGGAUAGCCUGCACGGAUCUGAAGUCACGGAAAAUUCCAUCUUCGCUGCGUUGCCACGAUACUGGGAGGCAGACUUUCAUGACGACAUGGAGGCAUUAAAUGUUCUACCAUGUGAUGCGUUGACACGGGUCAGUGAGUACAUCCCAGAAGUCAUUGAAUUCGUCCAGAAGAUCAUUGAUAAUGGCUUCGCGUACUUAUCCAACAGCUCGGUGUAUUUUGACACGAUGAAGUUUAGCCAGUCCAAGGACCACUUCUAUGCUAAACUUGUUCCUGAAGCGUUCGGUGAUGCCAAGGCUCUUAAUGAGGGAGAAGGUGAUCUGAGCGUCUCAGAAGACCGGCUGAGUGAAAAGAGAAGCCCGAAUGACUUUGCGUUAUGGAAGGCCUCCAAGCCUGGCGAGCCAUCAUGGGAAUCUCCGUACGGUAUGGGGCGGCCUGGAUGGCAUAUAGAAUGCUCCGUCAUGGCCAGCAGUGUCUUGGGCGCGUCGCUUGACAUCCAUACUGGAGGCGUAGAUCUGAAGUUCCCACAUCAUGACAAUGAGCUGGCGCAAUCAGAGGCUUAUUACAGAAACGACCACUGGGUGCGCUACUUCCUACACACGGGCCACUUGACCAUCUCCGGCUGCAAGAUGUCGAAAUCUCUCAAGAACUUCAUCACGAUAAAGGAGGCACUCAAAAAGCACACCGCGCGCCAGUUACGUUUGAUGUUUCUCUUACAUUCGUGGAAGGAUACACUCGAUUACAGCAGCAGUACCAUGGAGGCUGCGAUGACGUUUGAAAAACACGUCGGGGAAUUCUUCCUCUCCGUGAAAGACAUCCUUCGCAGUACACCAGCGACUGGCCCCGACUCAUACUCGAAGUGGAAGGCCGAGGAGAUGACGCUGUAUGACAAGUUACUAGAGACACAGGAUAGUGUCCAUGCAGCCCUCUGUGAUUCCAUCGACACCAAAACUGCCAUGGACAGUAUGCGAGAGUUAGUGAUAGCAAGCAAUGUUUAUAUCACGAAGAGAAGGGGGGAGAAACUUGUACCGAAUCGCUCGAUAUUACAGAAUAUAGCUGGUUAUAUUACGAAAAUGCUAAAGAUCUUUGGUGCUAUAGAAGGGGAGGAUGCAAUAGGAUUCCCGAUGGCUGGUGGUCAGACUGCUAAUAUUGAGCAAGUUGUGAUGCCAUAUUUGGAAGCCUUUUCCGAUUUCCGUGAAGAGGUGCGCCAGGUGGCUAGGGAGCAGAAAGUGACGGACAUCCUAAAACAGUGUGACAGAGUCCGAGACGAUACUUUACCUAACCUAGGCGUGAGGUUGGAGGACCUCGAAGGUUGCACCGUUAUCAAGCUUGUCGAUAAGAAAACGUUACUUAAAGAACGUGAGGAAAAAUUAAAGGCCGAAGAGCAGAAGCGUUUAGAAAAAGAACGCAAGAAGCUGGAGGCCCAGCAAGCACAGGCCGCCAAGGAAGCCCAGAUGAAGGUUCCCCCAUCCAAGAUGUUUCUCCACGAGACGGAUAAAUACAGUGCAUUUGAUGAAAAUGGAUUCCCAACCCAUGAUAAGAGCGGCCAAGAAUUAACGAAAUCAUCCAUCAAGAAGCUGAAAAAACUUUACGACGCGCAGGAGAAAAAAUACAAGGAGUAUGUCAAGUUACACCCGGAGGAGGCCAACGUUAGUAAUGGUUGCUAGGCAACCGAUAAACUGGAUGUUAAAGUUUCUCUAACAUAUCAGCCUCAUUCAAACUAUAGUGACUGUUAAAACCCUUUUUGUGGAGAGUUUAAAAAUGCGAAUAUCAAAUUUGCUAUAAGUCUAUAAACGUCCUUGGAAUUGUGGUCUAUUUGAGAUUUUUCUAAUCCUUUAGAAUGUUAAAACAUACUGUUAAUGAGACUUCUAUUUCUUGAAAACAACCUCUUCUCAGGAGGGGCUGGCUGUACCUAUGGACGAGGUUCUUCAUCAGAAAGAAUGUUUGUCAAUAAGACCCAACAAUAGUUAACAAAUAACAAAAUUUGCUCAGAACUUCAUACUGAAACCUAAAGUGGUUAUUUUUUUCCAUAUUAAAGAACAUGUUGUUUUCUGAUAUCGAUUGCCUAUAGUGGUUUAUUUGGUGUAAACUUUCAAAAUAUUUGUGCUCAUAGAAAUUAUUUGUGUGUUUUAUUUGUAAGAAUAAUCAAUUAUAGCUCGGUAAACAUCGUUAAGACUUUUCAAUUGAGGUAUUUUAGGAGAAAAAAUCCCAAAUAAAUAUUUUGUGCAGUAUUGCAUCACUUUCUUCCCACUUGCUUAUUAUGGUUAAGAGGUACAACAUUAUGCUCCUGCGCAUCUCCAGAACUAGAUUUAUUGAUGUGGCAGUUAUGUCUCUGCUACAUGUAUAAUGAAGACUCUGUGUUGACAGAGAGAGAAUGUCCUCUGUCUGCUUGGAGAAUGGGUACAAUAUUUGUUUAUUUAUUGAGAAUAAA